AUGGACGACGAUGACGGCAUGAUGCUCAACUUUAGUGCGUCUUCCAAGACGGCACCCAAAAAGACCAAGAGCAAGACCCCAUCGCAACCGAGAUCCACCACCUCCACCACCACCCAUGAGUCGUCUACAGCAACCGAUGCCCCUCGAGGAAGAAUCAUGCACGGCAAAGCCCAAGUGAUCUCGUCUAUUUUCUCGUCGAAUCCCAAUGUGAGGCUUCCAAAGUCGGCACGUGUUAUCAAGACAAGUGAGAAAAGCACGGUGCCUAGCAACGCCCCUGUUGCUGAUAGCACGACAUUUAUUGGUCUUGGUAUCGAGUCUGAUUUGGUCAACUUGCUCAAGGAGCGUAUCCAUGUGACAACACCCACCAACGUCCAACGCAAAGCAAUUCCAUUAUUAUUGGGACCAACACGCAAUGUGCGAGAUGCUGAGAUCCUUGAACAUGAUGUGGAUGCCGUCAUCCAAGCAGAGACAGGUUCUGGAAAGACACUCACCUACUUGUUGCCAAUCAUCAAUCGACUUCUUGAGACAUCCGUACGACCUGAUGAUGAUAAUGAUCAGCAACCUCAACGGGAUCGUAACAUUGGUACUUUGGCAUUGAUUUUGACACCUACACAUGAAUUGGCGCUUCAAGUAGCGAAUGUGGCAGAAAAGCUGGUGAAUUUCCCAAAAUCAUAUGGUCGACCCCAUUGGAUCAUUCCUGGUCAAAUCACAGGUGGUAUCAACAAGGCUAAGGAAAAGGCACGUUUGAAAAAAGGCAUUACAAUCUUGGUGGCAACGCCGGGUCGUUUAUUGGAUCAUUUAUUGCAUACCAGUAAUUUCAGCAUUGCCAAUCUCAAAUGGUUGGUGUUGGAUGAAGCAGAUCGAUUGUUGGAUCUUGGUUUUGAAGACACGCUCAAGCAAAUCAUGGAUAUUCUAAAGACAAAGACACGUGCUAGCAAUGCAUCGAGUGAUUUUUGGCCCCAUAGCAGACAAACGGUGUUAUGUUCAGCAACAUUACGAGAGGAUGUCAAGCAAUUUGCUGGUGAAACGUUGAUGCGGCCUGUUUUUGUGAGUGGCAACGACAAAGUGGAAUCAAAGGGUGGUGAUGAUGAUCAACAAGAGGAGGAGGAAGAAACAAAGUAUGCAGCACCUAGUCAGCUCAAACAACAAUAUGCCAUGGUGAGUGCCAAGUUACGUCUCGUUUCCUUGGUGACGCUUUUACGAUCCUCCUUUUUCAACAAACGUUCUGGUACCAAACCAGCACGUAAGAUUAUUGUUUUUGUUUCAUCCAUUGGGUCCGUCAACUUUCAUUUCAAUCUAUUGGCACAUGGUGAUCGCACCUUGGAGGACGAAGAUGAUGAGGAUGAGAUCAUGGAUGAUGAAGAUGAUGAUGGCAAGAAAAAGAAAAAGGAAAAACCUAUCAAGAUUUGUGAACGCAGCAGUUUGGUUGGCGAUAUACCCCUUUACCGACUUCACGGUGACAUGAAGCAAAACGAGCGCAAGGAGACGUAUCAAUCGUUUUGCAAGGCAACCAAUGGUAUCAUGUUCUGUACGGAUGUCGCUGCUCGUGGUUUGGAUAUGCCUCAUGUGGAUCACAUCAUUCAAUACGACGCACCUGUGGAUUUGAGAGAUUACGUACAUCGAGCGGGUCGUACAGCACGUCUUGGUCAAGCGGGUAGCGCCACCAUCUUUUUGUUACCGAGCGAAUUGGAGUAUGCGGAUAUGCUCAAGGCACAAGGCAUGACGGUGGCUCCUUUGGAUAUCCAAUCCGUAUUGAAGUUCUUGGGCAAUGAGUCAAAGAAAGGUGAUUAUCAAGAUGUGGCUCAAAAUUUGCAAAACAAGAUGGAAGAAUACGUCUUGCGAAGUGAAGAGAACAUCAUGAUGGCUCGCAAUGCUUAUUGGUCAUUUAUCAAAGCUUACUCGACACAUCCCAAGGCUGAAAAACAUGUUUUCCAUGUCAACAAGCUUCAUCUCGGUCAUAUUGCCAAAUCAUUUGCUCUGCGUGAAGCACCACCCAAGACAAAGGAAGUGAAGAAAAAGCAUACUGGCAGUACACCAGCAGGAAGAAAGAGCGCUGAUGAUGGCAAACCUUUGACUGAAAAGAAAACCAUGCUUAAGCGUGCUCGACUCUUGGAUCAAGGCGGCAGCAACGAAUUUGCAGUUGUUAGUGCAUCAUCAUUAUCAACAGGUCCAACAGCUCGUCAAAAGAAACGUAAAACCAAGAAAUAG